AGCUAAGCUUUAAUGGCGAGAGCAAGGAGCAUGAAGAACUCAUUCAUCACAUUGACCCCAUCACCAUUCAUGAUCUUUCACCUUUUCUCAAUCUCUCAAUUCACUUCUCUCCUCUUUUCUCCCAAGAAAAGCCCAAGAAACCACCAGAAAUUCUUUACCCCACAAACCUUGACGCUCUUCUUUCUCUCACUCUUGGUUACUUUCAGUUUCUUGGGUAUUUUCAUUCUUAACAUGAUACAGACCUAUCAAGAUAAUCCAGUAACUUGCUCUCUCAUCUCUACCUCUGCACCAUUUUCGCUCUGUGCACACUCCGCCAUGCUCUUAGCUUCACUUUCUUCGACUAAUUCCAACAUUGAGGAUGAUAAGCCAAGAUUGGCUGGCAGUGUGAUGAUGCUAUUACCGACUCAUAUUGUGGCCGGCGAUUUGACUAAGGAGGAGAGGGAAUUCUGGGAGCAACCGGACGGCGAAGGGUACAAGCCUUGCUUGGAUUUCAGUAUUGGAUAUAGACGAAAGUCUGCCAAGAUUUCCAAGGAGAAGAAGAGGUUCUUGGUGGUGGUGGCUUCAGGAGGAUUGAACCAGCAGAGGAAUCAGAUUGUUGAUGCUGUUGUGAUGGCGAGGAUUCUCGAAGCAGCCUUGGUUGUGCCAGUCUUGCAGGUUAAUGCCAUUUGGGAAGAUGAAAGUGAAUUUUCAGAUAUUUUUGAUUUUAAACACUUCAAGAGGACUUUGCAAGCUGAUGUACGAGUUGUGUCAUCUCUUCCCUCCACACACUUGAUGUCGAGACAGUCCAUUGAAAACCAGCUCCCUUACAAUAUUUCUCCACUUUGGAUCCGUGCCAGAUUCUUCAAACAACUGAAUGAAGUAGGUGUUCUUGUACUAAAAGGGUUAGAUUCUAAGCUGUCCAAGAAUCUUCCACCUGAUCUGCAGAAGCUUCGGUGUAAGGUGGCCUUCCAUGCAUUAAGAUUUGCAGCCCCGAUUCAGGAACUUGGGAAUCGGCUUGCGAGGAGAAUGUGGAUUGAAGGUCCGUACAUCGCCCUCCAUCUCCGACUGGAGAAGGAUGUAUGGGUCAGAACCGGGUGUCUCACUGGUUUAGGCUCAGAAUAUGAUGAAACUAUUGCCAAAAUUAGGCAAUAUCAGCCUGAAUACCUCACAGCUAAACUGAACAUGACCCACGUUCAGCGAAGACUUGCUGGACUGUGUCCCCUUAAUGCAUUAGAGAUAGCAAGGUUUUUGAAGGCUUUGGGGGUGCCGGGCUGUGCACGAGUAUACAUAGCUGGAGGAGAGCCAUUUGGUGGUCCAAGGGCACUGCAGCCACUUGCUGCAGAAUUUCCAAACUUAGUGAGAAAGGAGAGGUUGGCACAAGAAGCUGAACUUUCACCAUAUCUCAACAGGUCCUCUGCUCUUGCUGCAGUUGACUACAUUGUCUCACUAAACAGUAAUGUCUUUGUGCCUUCCCAUGGUGGAAAUAUGGGUCGUGCCUUGCAGGGUCACCGUGCCUAUGUGGGUCAUAGGAAGCACAUAAAGCCGAACAAGCGAGCCAUGAUUCAAUUCUUUGAAGACUCCUCAAUUUCUGAUGCAGAAUUUGGAAUCAUAAUCAGAAAGCUGCACAAUAGAGCUCAGGGGCAGCCGGAACCCAGGACUAACAAGAGAGACCGAGAUGUGACUGCUUAUCCUGUGCCUGAGUGCAUGUGUAAACAUAGAACUGGCAUUUAUUAA